CCAAUUUCUAUUGCGCCCACAUCAGCAUGAGAUUCGGACGGAAAACGAUGACGGGACAGUAAAGUUGCAGCAGUCUGGGAGCUAUCCGCGUGGUGCUGUCUCCUCUGGUAUAAUUUCCAGCCAGCGGGGGUGUGGUUUUGACAUCACUAUAGCACCAAACUGUAGUACAGCACUAGCGGGGCUGGCGGUCUGUCUCAGACGCGCUGUCUCGGAGAGGGCAAUUUAAACAUUUUUUUAACUGUCCAACAACGCCUAAUCACCAGCCAUAGGAUUCAAAACAACACACGAAAGCAGGACUUUUUUAUCGCAGUAAUUCAGCUAAGGUACUCAGGAAACUCAAGACAUUUUAUAUUAUCAACAACUGUCAACUGUCAACAAUCAACUAUCUAACUAAGGACUGAUUGCUGAGAAGGACAAAGCAGGACAAAGUUCAUUAAAUAUUUCUGUGUGAAACAUUUCCGAGAGAGGACAACAACAGUGACAGAUUCCCAGACAAGCCAAGCAUCACCAUAGUCUGGUGCUCAGUGUUCUGAGACAGAGGCACCCUCCACCGCCACCCCCCCCUCCCCUCUCCUCCUCCUCUUGUUAUUCCAAUCUGCUAUGGUGGCAACCAGUGACUGUUAGCAUGCCUGCCAACCUAGACACACAAUUCAACAUUUGAGUUCUGACUGUUCCAAAAAAAGAAGUGAACUGUCUGGACCAAGCCCAGGAUGUCUGCACAUGGCCCAGUGUGCUCUGUCUGCAGCUAACCUGGACAUGUGUUGCUCCAUUUCACACUUCUAAUCACACAUGGACAAAAAAAACAUCACAAAUGCAAUCUAAUUCUCAGGGCUCUUCAUCCCAGGGACUUACAGACUGAAUAACUGUCUACGUGUGGAUAAGUGUUUUUUUUGGAAGGGCUCUUUUGUCUGUUUUACUAAAGACAUCAGGAAACGGUGCCAGUGUGUGUGUGUGUGUGGUGUCUGUCUGUGUCUGUGACAGAACGUGGUUAUGGCUUCCGACGGCUUUCAGUACCGGGCACUCUUUGAAUACAAGCGUGAGCGCGGGGACGACAUUUCCCUGCAGCCGGGGGACAUCCUCACAGUCAACCGGACGUCCCUGCUCACGCCGGACUACCAGGAGGGGGACGAGCGCAGCCCCAAAGGCUGGCUGCACGGCACUAACGAGAGGAGCAAGGAGAAGGGAGACUUCCCCGGGACCUAUGUGGAGUUUGUGGGGUUGGUGCGCAUCGUCAGCCCCCCGGCCGCCAAGCCCUGGAGCAGGCCCGUACCCCCCACCCCAGGAGGAGCCCCCCAUGCUCCUCUCACAGGUCUGCAGCAGCCGUCGGUACCGCCACCACCACCAACGGUGCAGGCCGGAGCAACAGGGCCCGGGGCCACAGCAUCAGCAGGAGGAUCCAGUCAGUUGGAGGUUCCUGAGGUUCCAGGUCUUCCAGAGCAGGCUCCAGUGACAGUGCUCCGGCUAACAGAGGCCCUGGAGAGGACCGGGAGUGAGAAUGAGACGCCACUGUACAGGGCUUCCCCCCCCUCAAGUGGACCCCCAGAACUGCGCCAGGGCUUAGACUCAGAUCCCGGAGCAGUGGACCUGGACCAGUAUGAGCUUCCGGCAUUGGCUGACAGCCUGAGGGGCUACCUCCACGACCUGAUCUCUCCCAUCAUCCCUGCAGUGGUCUACAGCGAGUUAAUGUACACAGCACAAGAGACACAGAGCCUGGAAGAGUGUGGCCAGCAGCUGAAGGUGAUCCUGGAGUCCCCCAGCAUGCCCCAAGCCAACCACCAGCUCCUGGUCCAUCUCACACGACACCUGAGCAGGGUGGCCCAGGCAGGGCCACAGAGCCAGGCGAGUCCCAGGCUUCUAGCUCAGGCCUACAGCGAGGCCGUGUUCAAGCACUCCCACAUCAGUGCGGACGUGAACCCUGAACACCACGUGAAGAUCCUGGAGGCUCUGAUCCUAACCGGAGGCCUGACAGAGAUGCAAGCUGCCCCAGCCCUUCCUCCCAAACCGGCCAAGCCCAUGACGCCAGUCAGCAGUAAUGGGGUGAAAGAGGGGGCCAGCCAAUCGCUACAGGAGGCCGAGUGGUACUGGGGAGACAUAUCCAGGGAAGAGGUAAACGAUAAGCUGAGAGAUAUGCCAGACGGCACCUUCUUGGUGAGGGAUGCCUCCACUAAAAUGCAGGGUGACUACACGCUAACACUGAGGAAAGGAGGGAAUAAUAAGCUGAUAAAGAUCUACCACCGGGACGGCAAGUACGGCUUCUCGGACCCCCUGACCUUCGGCUCGGUGGUGGAGCUGAUCAGUCACUACCGGCACGAGUCGCUGGCCCAGUACAACACCAAGCUGGACGUCAAGCUCAUGUACCCCAUCUCCAGAUUCCAGCAGGACCAGUUGGUGAAGGAGGACAACAUUGACGCGGUGGGUAAGAAGCUGCAGGAGUAUCACAAUCAGUACCAGGAGAAGAGUAAAGAGUACGACCGGCUCUACGAGGAGUACACCAAAACAUCACAGGAGAUUCAGAUGAAACGCACGGCCAUCGAGGCCUUCAAUGAGACCAUCAAGAUCUUUGAGGAGCAGUGUCACACGCAGGAGCGCUACAGCAAGGAAUACAUCGAGCGCUUCCGACGAGAAGGCAACGACAAGGAGAUUGAGCGGAUCAUGAUGAACUAUGAGAAGCUCAAGUCUCGUCUGGGUGAGAUCCACGACAGCAAGCUGCGCCUGGAGCAGGACCUGAAGACGCAGGCCAUGGACAACCGCGAGACCGACAAGAAGAUGAACAGCCUGAAACCAGACCUCAUACAGCUACGCAAGAUCCGGGACCAGCACCUUGUCUGGCUCAAUCACAAAGGAGUACGGCAGAAACGAAUUAAUGACUGGCUGGGGAUCAAGAACGAGACCACAGACGAGACGUACUUUGUGAGCGAGGAGGAUGAGAACCUGCCGCACUACGACGAGAAGAGCUGGUUCGUGGGCGACCUGAACCGCACGCAGUCUGAGGACCUGCUCCUGGGCAAACCCGACGGGGCCUUCCUGAUCCGGGAGAGCAGCAAGAAGGGCUGCUACGCCUGCUCCGUUGUUGUGGAGGGCGAGGUGAAGCACUGUGUGAUCUACAGCACGGCGCGGGGCUACGGCUUCGCGGAGCCCUACAACCUCUACAGCAGUCUGAAAGAGCUGGUGCUCCACUACCACCAGACCAGCCUGGUGCAGCACAAUGACUCCCUCAACGUGCGGCUGGCCUACCCUGUGUAUGCACAGAUGCCCUCCACCUCUUCCACGAACACAUCGACACCACGCAGAUGAAGCUUACACUCCUCCUCCUCCUCCUCAACUAACUAACAGCCACCUCCUCCUCCUGCCAGCCCUCUCCACCAACCAACCAACCCUGUGCCAGCGCCAGCACAGCGCAGCGCAGACCCCAACACCUCCAGAGAUGGGGGGGUGGUGAUGCAGGAACUCUGUUUUAAACCAACCAUCACCCCCCUCCCCGAGGGUGGCAGGGAGUGCGAGAGAAAGGAACUCAAAAACACUUGCUGCAACUUACACACACACACACGCACACACACACACCCACACACACACAUUAGCCACCUUGGAGUUAUAUAUUUUUACGAGAAACACUUUUUUCUGAGGGCAUUCUUUAUAAAGACUGCUUGAUUUGCACAAGGAGAAAAAAAAAGUUUUAAAAAAUGUUUUAAAUGUUUGUGAAUGUGAAAAACCCAGAAGGACACAGAAGACCCGAGUUUCAGGUUGACCCCCCCCCCCCUCAAUCCUUCCCCCGCUGCUACCUAAAACUUCAGCUGGGAUUUCCCCAUCUUUUCUUUCAUCAUUUUUUUUCUGUGCUGUCUUCAGAAUCACUCCUUUUUUUAAAAGCGUGGUUUAAAUCUUUUCAUUUUUUUUCUCUGUCAUAUUCAUUUUAUGUUUGUUUGUGUGACUCAUCUGCUUUCCUCUAGUUUGAUAAGAUGGACAGAGUCAGACGGUAGCAUAAGCUCAAUCUGCUGUUUUUUGUUUCUUUUAUUUUCCUUCAUUCCUGCUUCCCCUUUGUAUGUUUAUUUUUUUUUCCACAAAGACUAGAAUAAUGAAGCAAAGCAAAUGUAGCAUAUGGAAACCUGACACUUUCCUACCGAGACAGUGCCGGGUGGGUUACGGGAGGGUUGGGUUGGGAUUGUUGAGAAAUACAGAGAGACAGAAGGGCACACGUGAAAAGACUGUUUUAUAGUCUUAAGAGAUUGGGAUAAAAGAACGCUUUUUUAUCUCUCUACGCAGUACUUAGAGUUAUCCGCUCGCUGGAUCCCUUGUUUGGUUUCUGUUGUUUUAUCGGUGCGUUUUGUUUCAUGCAGCAGUACAGCUAAUGUUACAGUCCAGAAUAGAGACCAAAGUUGCCAUGAACAUAGGGUUGGGGUUGGGUGGGUUGGGUUAGUGGCGGAGAUGUUCAUCGUUUUGUUUGCUUGUUUGGUUUUGUUGUUUUGUUUUUUUUGACCUGGUUGUAGCCGUUUAUUACAUGAAAAGUUUUUUUUUAACAAAUAUUUUGUUGGCGGGAGGAUGAGAAGUCUGGCUUCAUGUUGAGUUCCAUUCUGACACUCCUAAACUUUUCUUGAAAAGUUUUGGAUGGGAGAUGCAAGAAAGCACUUAUUUAACAGCAUCUUCUUUGUAAAGCAUGCCAACUGAAACAUUUGGGUACCAACUCCCAUACGCACACACACCCUGGCCCAAAAAGAACGACUUCUAUCCCAAGUGAAGGAGCACCAAGACAUCUUUCUGUUGGAGAGAGAUUUAUUUUAGCUAAAGUCUGUUUCAGUAUGACUACAUUAUGACCGAGUAACUUGGAAAUCCUUACUGCAGUGUUCACGGCUCACAGUUCAAAGGUUUCGCAUGUGAAGGAGCCUUGAGUGCUUUUUUGGUUGGACAUCUAAGCUAAGGAAACAGGUCUUGAAGUUCCAGUCCAGCUGUUGUUAGUUUGUACAGCAUGCACAUGCUCAGUGGCACAAACUCAGAUAAUCAUUAGAUCUUAAAAUAGUUUUUUCUUCAACACAAAAAGUUCCCAUUUACUGCUCUCUGAAGUGGUGCUUAACUUUUCUUAUCAGUGACGACAUGGAUUUAUUUUUUGCAAAUAUUUUUGACGUUUUUUCAGCUGUUGGUGGUUUGAAAAAUAUGCCGCACAAAAAAAGUUUUUCAAAAUCUGACGUGAUGUCCUGCACACCCCUUAUUCGUCAUGCUUCCACUAAACGUAAAUGUCUCGCUGCAGCUGGCUAACAAUCUUGAUGUGACCAUCAGAUGUUUUCCAUCUCUAGUGGACUUGUGACAGUCAGGCACUGCCUUUCUGUCUUUGCUUUUUUUCCCCCUUCACGUUGCAUCACAGUUCUCUUGCGUCUUUACAGGAGACAUGCAGGCACACAUCAACGCACACACACAUACACGCACUACAAUACACACAUGUGAAUGUGUGAAGCAGUGUGUGUGUGUGUGUGUGUGAAUGUGUUUAAGCACUGCUCUGCUGUGAUCUCUCAGUUGAUCGUGAUGUGACUGCACCUGAGGGGUUUUCCCAUGCUCAGACACGCCCCUUACACCCACCCCCACCCCCAUCUUAACCACAGGCUCCUCAUGAGCUGCAGGUAGUGGUGUGCGUGUGUGUGUGUGUGUGUUGACAAAGUGGGCCGGUGUGCUCUGUGGGAUGGUUUCAGCCUGAACUGUACAGUAUGUUCAAGAUACAGCUGAUUCUUGUAUUGGCCUUUCACCCAGCCACCACCCUCCUCCUCCUCCUCCCCCUCCUCCUCCAGGCGCUCCACCCUGGGCAGUCCUCCCCCAUGGUUAUUAGAUAAGCUAUACAAGUGGGUGUGGGCCAGUGGGAAGGUGUGGAGCAGCGCCUUUCCUUCACCCAGCAACAUUACCACCACCACCACCACCACCACUCUGCUGUCCAUGUGACCACAUGGCAGAACAGCAUGUGACGGCUCCUUCACUCAACCACCAGUUGGCCAUCCCUUUUCGAUUUUUCACUUCAGUCUUUUUUUCCCCUCCAUCCUCUUUAUUUGUCUACAUGUCUGUGGACCCCUGAGUGGAAUACAUCUCUCUUUUUCAAUUAUUAUUGUUUUUUUGUUUUUUGUUUUGUUUUUUACACUUUUUAAACUCUGUGGGUCAUAUGAACAGAUGCUGGUUUGGAUGUUUUGGCACCUUGAGUGCCACAGCAUCCUCCAAUGUCAGUUAAAGGUACGAGUACUUGUAGAGGGUGAGGAGUCCUCUGAGCUGAUGCGACUAGUGGACUUCUUCAGGUGUGCAUUAUGGGUGAAAGUCAAUCAUUUUCCUCCUGUCCUUUACUGUGGCCUCUGGCGCAAUGUAUUCAAUAUUUUGCAAAAACACAAGUCAGACGUUCAUUCUGUCAUUUGCAGUUGGGAUGUUGAAUGGGAAAAAGCCCCCCCAAAAAGUCACUCUGUGCUGGUUGAUGAUGGGAAAACUAUUGUUUUCUCCACGGAGGUGGGGGGGCACUGAGGCAAGAGGCCAGAGACCACAGGUAGGACCGGGGGGACAAAGAUUGACUUGCACCCCAUGUGUGGGACAGGCCUUCCAGGUCAGACAUAAUGUGUACAUGGCAGCAGUUGGUCAGGAACUCUCAAGCUCUGCAUCCUUCACUAACUCCUGUGUGGCCUCCUGAGAAGGUCAACACAUUUUUGAACACUUUUGGUUUUCUUUUUUUGUAAUAUUUGUUGUUUUAACCCGGGACCUCAGAAAGGGUCCUAUUUCUAUACUUGAACUAUUGCAUUUCUCACUGUUGAAUGUCUUUAUAUUACAUAUACAUACAUAUAUGAAAGAGAUCCUCUUUGUUCUAUGGUCAAAGCAGGUUAGGCUUUUUUAAAUAUAUAUGGAAGAUUAACAAAGGUUUAAAGACGCGGAGUUAUAUUUGCUUCCUUGGUAGGAAGAUAAGGAGAUCUUUUUUUGUUCUCCUUAUAAAAAUCCUGCAGAAUACAUCAGGAGAGUGUGUUUUAGGAGCAUCAUUUCAUUCUUCUGAGGCUGUCUUGAUCCUGUGACCUGAUGCAUUUUCAUCAAGAAGGCUCCUUUACCUUUCAUGCUGUUUUUUAUUUUUUCUCUCGGAAUUCACCCCAGUGUGUUCCUUGUCUGUCACUGUCACCUCCGAGACCAAAGAUUUCAGUUUGGACCCAUUUUAAUCCCAUGCAACAGAAGUCUCACAAGGGACCUACCUUGUUAGGUUUUGUUUUCCCCACCCCAUUUUCAUUGCCUUGUUUUCAAUGGGAUCUCAACACAUUGAUGUCAUAGGUGUACAGUUGUUACAGUUUUGUACCCCUUUUGCUUAUGUGUUCUCAGUAGUGAACUAAUAUUGACACACAAAAGAAAAGAAAAAGAAGUUAAGGAGACAUUCUUCUUAUUUGUCACAAUAAAGGUCUGAUUGGAAGAUUA